ACUGACAGACAUUCACACAAUCAGUCCUUCCAACUUCAGGCACAAGUUCCCUGCUGGAGCAGUAUAGUAUAGCUCUGUGCUUGUCUGCCUGUCACUACAAAGUGGACUGUAGUUUGGAAGUGGGUUCUGCCUCUGUAGACUGUUAUUAAAGAGGAGCUGGGAAGAAAUCUCUCUGUAUGGCCAGUUUGCAUUUACCAGGACUAUAUAUAUUUGAAGAACUUCAUCUUGUUGACAAGACUUAUUUUUCUGAUUUUUCAACCUGCCUUGUGAAUGAUAUAACAUUGGUGGAUCUGAUACUGGAUUUAUUCAUUCCAAACACUUGCCUUUUGUGGAUCUGAUUUAAUAUUGGAAGGAUUUCAUAUGCAGUAUUGUGUUUGAUUGCAUUCAUUGAAAGUGGAGCAAAGAUAAGUUUGACAAUCACAAGAAGCACAUUCAGAGAAGUCUAUCAGUCUGAUUAUGGAUGACUACAAUGUCUCUGCAGAGAGCCCCCACACUGGCCAAGGCCGGCAAAACACAAUUAAGUGCGGAUGGCUGCGGAAGCAAGGAGGUUUUGUCAAAACCUGGCACACGCGCUGGUUUGUCCUCAAGGGAGAACAGCUCUGUUACUUCAAAGAUGAAGAUGAAAUGAAACCUUUGGGUACCAUCUUUCUACCGGGAAAUAGAGUUGUGGAGCAUCCUUAUAAUGAGGAAAGCCCAGGAAAAUUCCUGUUUGAAGUUAUUCCAGGGGGUGACCGGGAACGAAUGACUGCAAAUCAUGAAACAUACCUUCUUAUGGCCAGCACACAGAAUGACAUGGAAGACUGGGUGAAGUCUAUCCGAAGAGUAAUAUGGGCGCCAUUUGGAGGAGGCAUCUUUGGUCAGAAGCUGGAGGACACUGUACGCUAUGAGAAGAGAUAUGGCGCACGCCUGGCCCCAUUGCUGGUGGAGCAGUGUGUGGAUUUUAUCAGACAGCGAGGGCUGACCGAGGAAGGGUUAUUUAGACUGCCAGGCCAGGCCAACCUGGUAAAGGAACUACAAGAUGCCUUUGACUGUGGAGAGAAGCCAUCAUUUGACAGCAACACAGAUGUCCACACAGUCGCCUCACUUCUGAAGCUGUACCUGCGAGAACUGCCAGAGCCUGUCAUCCCAUAUGCAAAAUUUGAGGAUUUUCUCUCAUGUGCAAAACAGCUCAGCAAAGAAGAGGAAUCUGGUGUGGCAGAAUUAGUGAAGCAAGUGAAAAGUCUCCCUCCAGUAAAUUACAAUCUACUGAAGUAUAUUUGUAGGUUCCUGGAUGAAGUUCAGUCUUACUCUGGAGUAAAUAAAAUGAGUGUACAGAACCUGGCCACAGUUUUUGGCCCCAACAUCUUACGUCCCAAGGUGGAGGAUCCAAUGACUAUAAUGGAGGGUACUGUUAUGGUGCAGCAGCUUAUGGCGGUGAUGAUAAGUGAGCAUGAAGUACUUUUCCCCAAAGAUGCCGAUGUUCAGAUACAAAUUGGACAAGAGCUUAGCAACAACAAUAUUGAAUUACAGAAGAAAAUGAUUUUAGGCCAAAUCCAAAAUAAAGAGAACAAUAACACAAAAGACAUAGCAGUCAGGCGGGGCUCCUGGGAGAAGUCUGAUUCUACCCAAAGGUCCAGUGUUGACAAUGGCUCCCCUACUGCACUCUCAGGAAGUAAAUCCAGCAGCCCAAGGAAUAGCAUUCACAAACUGGAUGUUACCCGCAGUCCACCACUAAUGGUGAAGAAGAACCCAGCGUUUAAUAAGGGUAGUGGCAUUGUGACAAACGGGUCUUUCAGCAGCUCAGCGGAAGUCCAUGACAAACACCAUUCAUUGCCUAAUGGUACCUUACAGGCCAGGAGAACCUCUUCGCUGAAAAGUUCAGGAACUAAAAUGGGCACUCACAGUGUGCAGAACGGUGCUGUGAAAAUGGGAGUGUGCAGCACAGACACAAUGAGCAAUGCUUUGAAUAGUCGGACCUCAACCUGGCUGCCCAAUGGUUAUGUAACAUUAAGAGAUAACAAACAAAAAGACUCAACAAGUGAUUCCGCACACCAGCACAGGUUGUCCACGUACGAUAACGUGCACCAACAAUUUUCCAUGAUGAACUCUGAUGAUAAACAGAGCAUAGACAGUGCAACAUGGUCUACAUCAUCGUGUGAGAUAUCCCUACCUGAAAACUCCAACUCUUGCCGUUCCUCUACAACAACUUGUGCAGAGCAGGACUUUUAUGGUGGGAAUUUUGAAGACCCUGUUUUAGACGGGCCAACCAAUGAGGAUAUUACCAAUCAAGCAGACUUUGAGAGCAAAUUCGACAGAAGAAGUGCAGGAGGGCGCAGCAGCAGGGCUACCAGCAGCAGUGAUAACAGUGAGACUUUUGUAGUGAGCAACACAAGUAACCAUAGUGCGCUGCAUAGCCUUGUCUCCAGUUUAAAGCAGGAAAUGUCAAAGCAGAAAAUGGAGUAUGAGACCAGAGUAAAAAGCCUAGAACAACGAAAUCUAACUCUGGAGACAGAAGUUCUUUCCCUGCAUGAGGAACUGGAACAAGAGAAAAAGAAGUAUACGAUGGUGGAAAUUAAGAUGAGGAAUGCGGAACGUGCAAAGGAGGACGCCGAGAAAAGAAAUGACAUGUUGCAGAAGGAGAUGGAGCAGUUUUUCUCUACAUUUGGAGACCUUACUGUGGAGCCUCGUAGGCCAGAGAGAGGAAACACAAUAUGGAUUCAGUGAAGUGGGCCAAAGUAUGUUGGACAGUGAGAUGUACAGUAGUUGUAGCGUUGUCAUGGGAAGGUGUCAGGUGGCUGGUCACCUGAUUGACAUUAGCACUCAUAAUACUUGGUACCUUUUAGGGAGGAAGGAAAUAAGAUUAAUCAACAUCAUAAGCAGUAUCUUUCAGAGAGUCUGUUAUAUUAUUACAUGCUCCAUAAUGCUACUGUCAAGUGUUACAACUGGAUGUGUGUACAUAGAUCUAAAAAGUGUUAUGUUAUUAAAAAUAAGAGAAUUGUAUUUCAAGAAUUAUAAUAAUGCAAGUAUUGUAUUUAAAAUGGCAAAUUGAUAUGUUGUCGCAGUCAGCUUUAUAUGAAGUCUAUAUACCCUUGCACUUAAACAUAAUACAAUAUUUUUGCGCAUUGUGCUACCAUCAGCUUAUUUUGUAUAUCAAUUGUUACAAUUCCUAUGUUGACAGGGAAUGAACAAAGUAAAAAAAAACAAUAUAGGAUGAAACUUGUGGAUUUGAUGUUUGUGCCAACCAAUUGCCUAUGACCAAAAGAAAGUGUACAGAAUUUUAUAAAGCAUUACCGCAAAACUGGU